AUGAUAGAUUAUUUUAAAGCAUUUGAAGAGGAAUAUAUUCCUAUUGAUGUUUAAAAGGGUAUAUAGAUCAAUGGUGAAGAAAUGUUUCUUUUGUUAUAAGAAACUUAUAGGUCUCAAGUAUUUAACAAAGAUUACAAAAGAGUUUAUGAAGGCCUUCUUAAUGAAGACUAUGAAUCUUUAAAAUUUGUAACUUAUAACAUAAAAUCAACACUAGGGUAUCUAAGUCCUUUCGUAGCGUAUGAUGUGUGUGAAUAAUUGCAUUUGUUCAUUAGAGUAAGAAUACCAGCUAGAGAAGGAAAAAUACAAUUUCCUUUUACUGAAGAGGAUAAAUAAAGAGUGUACAAAGAUUCUAUUUUUAUUUUAACAGAAAUGACAGCUUUAUUAAGAUAUUUUAGUAAAAAUUAUCCUGAUUUCUAAGAUAAAUAUAGUUUUCAAAGCGCCAAGAAAAUCAUUGAUGACUGUUAUAAAUUUUACUUUAAGCGUUUCUCGAUCCCUUUUAAUGAUGAAUAAAAUAUGAAUACCAAUACUAAUAAUAAUAAUAAUAAUAACAACAAUAUUAUAAACAAAAAUCUAGAGAAAUAGAAGGGUAGCCAGACAGAAAAAUUAUAAAAAUCAUAGCAAGUUGCUUCAGUGGGUAAUGAUAAUUCCUUGGCUAUUAAAGAAUCUUCAAUGAGACAAGUAACUCAAGAUAAAGAUGAAUAGAAAAAAAAGUCUAAAAAUACAUAAUCAGCUACAGCUUCACCAAUAAAAGAAAAAAAUAACACUGUUGUUGCAGAUCCAGAAGGCAAAAAAGAAGAAGGAGUAGGUAUUAAUGAUAUUAAGCUAGAGUAACAAGAGAAAAAUUAGCCAUGCUGCAAUGAUUGCAAUAUUUUCUGA